UGGCAGCCGAGGAGGAGAUAUAUGUCAGCCCGUACCCAUCAUCGGUGCUUGGUUGGGGCUUGCGUUCUCUUCCAUGCAUGAGCUGCUCGGUUUCCAUGGAACCGCAGCUCCAGCCUCUCUUCAGCACAUCCAUUCCAUUCGUCUUGCUUGACGCUCAAAGCCGCCGUCGACUGAGAUAAGAGGGGUCUGUGCUUGGCUUGUCGAUCCGGCUCGUUAAGCUUCCAUUCCGAUCCGGAUCUGAUCUGAUAGUCACUGCGACAAGGUUAUAAUUUCCCCAACUUUACCUUUUCGCCUUCCUCACGGGUUAGCCACGUUGCUGCCGAAACCUUGACUGGCAGUUGGAUCAACUUUGAUCUUAUUACCUUUAUUGUCGCCUCUUCCUCUUCUUCUUCUCUUCCGUCGAACCUAGGUUCGAAAGGCCUAACCCUCCAACAAUGGUCAACGGCACCGCCGCCGUGUUGGAACCCACGUUCACGGGAUAUGUCGCUACCACUCAUGAUGCCCUGAUCUUGUUUGAAGCCUGUCUCACCGGCAUCCUCCAUCAUGUCCCCCGUCGACCGCACGACCGCGAGCGCAGUCAUCUCGUCCGCAGCGGCAGCGUGUUCAUCUACGAAGAGAACUCAUCUGGCAUCAAGCGAUGGACAGACGGCGUGACCUGGAGUCCCAGCCGUAUCCUGGGCAACUUCCUCGUCUACCGCGAGUUGGAAAAGCCCUUCCCUCCCGGUGAGAAGAAACGCGCAAUGAAGAAGACCAACCGCCGACCACUGCCGUCGACGCGGCCCGGUGAGCCGUAUCCUCGCCAUGACGCCAAUGGUCAGUCCUACUCGCCAACAUCACCGACGUCCGGGCCGUUCGCAGACAGGUCCCAUCAAUCCGAAGUGGAGAGAGCGCUGGUCGGAUCUCUCGUCGAUUCCUACGGCUUCAAGGACUCGGGCUUGGUGAAGAAGACCAUGAGCGUGACGGUUUCCGGUGUGACACACCACCUGGUUUCAUACUACGCCGUGGAGGAUGUGCUGCGCGGCUCGCUCAAUCCACCCUCGAUGGUCGAGUCUCUGAGGUACAUCCGGCCUCGCGCGGAACUGACUCAGAACCAGAGCUUCCGCGCCCCCAUUGAUGAUUUGGAGACGGGUAUGGAUAAUUCCCACGACCCGUCUCAUGCCACCAUGUACAGUUACCGUCCCCAGAUGAUGGGACCUCCUGGCUAUGCUCUCGCACACCCCCAUCCCGACUUCUACCUACAUACGGCAACCUACCCAGCCAGCCAUCCUCCACAGUCUGGGCCGAUUCCAAAUUACGCGAUUGGUGCACCGAUGCCUGCCCAACCAACCGCCAACCCUUACCUUCCGGCACCGAUGCCGCAAAAUCCGGACGAGUACCCGCAACUACGAACCGCUCCGUACGGAGCUGCAUUUGAAUCGGUGAACCAAAAUGGCAUGCACUCGUCUAUCCCAGCCGCUGUUAGCACCAACGUCCCGGGUUCGCUUAGUGACCGGAGCCGUACCCACUCCGAUCACAGCCCGACCGCCUACCGGAGCUCAAUAUCAUCCAGAAGCGUUGCUACCGACAGCACGUCCCCGAUAGACCAGAGUGCAUCAUAUUCACGGGGUAGUUUCAGCCUAGCGGGACACCUGGACGGGUCCGCUCAGUCGGGCUAUGACCCUACUAUUCCACGACGAGAAUCUAAUCCAAUUUCCCCGUCCUACUACGGAGGCGAUCGACACCCGUACUAUGUUGGAGCUACUGCUGCGGGCGGCCAUCCAAGCUACGUGGCUACUCAGCCUUUGUCCGCGUGGACCACUGCCGCUCCUGCUCAGCCGCAGAUAUGAUAUUCUUCUCCAAGGAUAUCGAUAGUGUCCAAUUGAAAUGGUGCCUGAUAGUUUACCCCGACUUGAAGAACUAAUCGCAUAUUGGGCUGAACUUAAAGGGGAGAUUUAGAAGAAAAGAAAGAAAAAAAAAGUUGAAAAAAUAUGGCAGGGGGUAGAAAGAAAAGAGCCGAUGAUAAUUAUUGACGAAAGCUACGGAACGAACGCCUACUUUUACCAGGUGUUCAAGGAAUUCUUUAUUACCUUGUCUGAUGCGGAUUCUCAGGGAUCUUCUCUAUGAUGAUAUGGCUACACUGGGGCCGCUACUCUGUUUCCUUGGAUUUUUGUUUCCUUUGUCUUGUGCCCGGGAGCAACGUCGGCUUGUUAGCUUAUUUUUUACCUUUUAUUUUUAUGCCACCUGUCGUCACUGACGUGAUUAUGAACAAUGGAUAAUAUCUGGUUGACUUUGUCUGGGUGGGAUAUCUGUUAUUUGUUUACCUUGGCCGUUCUUGUGCAAUGGAGGCUCGGAAAGGCAAGACACCUCUGCUCGAGAGCGAAGAGACAUGAGUGUCCGGGCAGACGGGAGAGUCCGAGUGUCGUUAUUUUGGUAUAUUCGUGAUUGAUUUGUCGUUUUCGUUAUGGUUUGGUCAUGUCUCACGUUCUUCAGCGAGGGCAGGCGACGGCAUUCGUCUUUUUGUGUUCGAUGACCUUUUUCCUUUUUUGUCUUCAUAUUUCUUUUUUCUUUUCUUGUCUGGUGGCCAAAACCGGGUGUGCCGAUUUCGUGUUUCUGUCGUUGAUGGUUCUGGGAGUGAUUUGCUGCUAAUCCAAAAUACCCGCAUCCCAUGCUCUACGUUGACGGUUGGAUAUUGCUCCGGGGGUCAGUAUUUGCGUCUCAGGUAGACAAGGAUCAAGUAAUGGAUGCAAUAAGCGAUCUGGUUCAGUUGCUGCAAGGGCAGGGCCUAAUAGGCUCUGGUAGGGCGGCCGUUUAGCAGGCGCCAUCUAAACCGUAUCUGUAACCUUAAAUGCAUCUGCACGGCGUUAUGGCGUAAGUCCGAGAUGGAGAAAAGAGUUUGAAGGGGUUAAAGUAUUCAUAAGCAUUCAUGUUCAUUAUUCUGAGGAUUAGGGCUUGAUGCUGUUCAGGAAAACCCUUCCCUCUGGAGACACGAUGAUCAGCAAUAGGGAUGGCUCCAGAAGCAUUCACA